CAUGAUUAUUAGCAAUUAGAUGUAACACAAUGCAUAUAAAGUAUCACCAAUAACACGCACAUUAAAAAAUUUAUCGAUGAGCGAUAAGAGCUCUGAUUCGUCAAAUGUUUUAAUGAUAGAUAUUUUAUUCUGUUUUAAUUUUAGGAAAAUCUGCAAUAAGGGGCAUAUUUACUAAUAAUGAUAGCAAUCAUAAUGAAAUAACUAUUAUUAAAACGGUAAAAUCGUAUCAUCGAAUCCUGUCAUAUUUCAUAAGGAAUAUGAUUUGUUUCUACUGUUUGAUUAUUGAAACGAAGGAAUCAAGAGAACCUUAUUUUCUCGAAACUGAGAUACCGACCACACCCCUGAAUUCGUUUUCGAUCGUGUUGAAAGACCGAUCGAUAUCCGCAGGCUCGGUCGGCGGAAACACAUUAUUUUGGGCUGGCCCAAAAUGGAGUUCACGUUUCGAUCAUACAUUGUCGUCACAAACAAACGUGGUACUCGAUAUAUACGUGUUUACGUCCAGAUUCUCAGGCGAAAGGCGAGUCUUUCGCAAGUGAAGAAUUGAUCGCCAAAUGUUUCGCCGGCUUACGCUUUAAAGAAAAACGCCGUAUACACAAAAUAUCACGUCUUCUUGUGUCAGUCUGGAGUCAAUUCUUUCCCAUUUUUGUCAAUUAACAUGUAAAAGAAUGGACAAAAGAUAAUGAAAGAAAGAAGACUCGUUUUCACUUUCUUUAUGAAAUCCUUAGUUGCUUAGGAAAAACCGGGCGACUAACUUCAAGAACAAGGAAUUUAGAGAACGUUUUGAAGAAUAUUUUUGGAGGAUAUUUAUAUAAGUUUUGAGCCGAUUCGCCCUGAUGGCUCGUCUUUAAUCCGCCAUUGGACGUGCAUCGCUGCGAGGAAACGGCGGUGUAACUCGUGGCGAGGGGUGC